ACCGGCAUUCAAUUAUCUUUCGUGUUUAACUACUUGUAACUUUGACACUUAAAUGCAAGCGUUAGCCCUACACUUUUUUUUAUUCGCAAACUCAGUUGGCCGAGUUAAUUUUCAUGAUUGAUGAACUCGCCAAACUGUGUUUGUGAAUUCAGUUGCAAAUAAAAAGGUUUAUUGAAUCCAGGCGUUAGGCGUCACUGAAUGGCUGUAGCCUAAAUUUCAUGGCCGAAUCUAGUUAGACUAAAUUAAAUCUAGCAUCUGUUGAAAUGUUUAUUUGAACCGAAUGGAUUUCUGCAUAUUAGAUGCCUGCUAAUGAAGCAGCUUUUUCCUGACUGCUCCACCGCCGCUGCUAUACAUCGUUGCAGCUGAUUGAUGCGCACGUGCUUCCUGUCCUCACAACAGUUCCAAAUAACAGGCGGAGAUUCACACGCGAAGAUAAUAUAGCUCUCAUCAGAGAUCAAAAGAAGCGUACCGUUUGGGAGUAGCCAUGUCCCAUCCCGUCAAGAUAAGCCCAACCCUCGGGGCACGGACAGUCGACCGCCAAGGGGCGGGGUUCGGGGGCGCCACGCCCCGUCCGUUCCCCGAACCCGAGAUGGUGGCUUCCGGGUCCACCCUGGAUCUCAUCGGCAACUGCGAGAGGAGCGAGGCGGAGUGCCACCCCCCAAAACCGUGGGAGGAGCAGAGGCUGCCCAAAGUGAAAGUCCCCGCAGAGCCAAGGAGGGAGAAGAUGGCCGAAAUGAAAUCUCUCUUCGUCAACAUCGCCAAGAUACCCUCGCUCCUCUUCCUCCUCUUCAUGUUCGUCUGCUCCCUGGACGUCCUGAGUUCCUCCUUCCAACUGGCCGGGGGAAAGGUGGCGGGGGACAUCUUCAAGGACAACGCCAUCCUCUCCAACCCCGUGGCCGGACUGGUGGUGGGAAUACUGGUGACUGUGCUGGUGCAAAGCUCCAGCACCUCCACCUCCAUCAUCGUCAGCCUGGUGUCCUCAGGACUUCUGGACGUGAAGUCAGCCAUUCCCAUAAUCAUGGGAUCCAAUAUCGGGACGUCUGUCACCAACACCAUCGUGGCCCUCAUGCAGGCAGGAGAGAGGACACAGUUCCAGAGGGCCUUCGCGGGAGCUACCAUCCACGACUGCUUCAAUUGGCUGUCGGUGCUGGUCCUGCUCCCCUUGGAGGUGGCUACAGGGCUGAUGGGUCACAUGGCCCGAGCUGUCAUUCAGUGCUUCAGCAUCCGCAGCGGGGAGGAGGCUCCGGAGCUCCUGAAGGUCAUCACGGAACCCUUCACCAAGCUCAUCAUACAGCUGGAUAAGUCUGUCAUUACCGGCAUCGCCGUAGGAGACGAGGUCCUGAGGAACAGGAGCCUGGUGAAAGUCUGGUGUAGGACCCGUCCGGUUGUGACCCUUGUCAACGUGAGUGACUCUGCCACUGCGUCCGCACACAACGGGACCUCCGUCUGGACCCUGCAGAACGUCACGUCGCAAGUCAACGUCCAAAAAUGUAGGCACCUGUUCGUGGACACCUCCAUGUCAGACCUGGCCGUGGGUCUCCUCCUGCUGGCCUGCUCCCUGGUCGUCCUCUGCUCCUGCCUGGUGCUCCUGGUCAAGAUCCUCAACUCUCUGCUCAAAGGCCAGGUGGCCAAAGCCAUCCAGAAGGUCAUCAACACAGAUUUCCCUUACCCUUUUGGCUGGCUGGCGGGUUACCUGGCCAUGUUCGUUGGCGCGGCGAUGACCUUCGUGGUUCAGAGCAGUUCCGUUUUCACCUCCGCCAUCACGCCACUGAUUGGGUUAGGCGUGAUCAGCCUCCAGCGGGCCUACCCUCUGACCCUGGGCUCGAACAUCGGCACCACCACCACCGCCAUCCUCGCCGCCCUGGCCAGUCCUGGAGACAGGCUGGCCGCGGCCUUCCAGAUUGCCCUGUGCCACUUCUUCUUCAACAUUUUGGGGAUCCUGCUGUGGUACCCCGUGCCCGCCACCCGCCUGCCCAUCCGAAUGGCGGAAAAGCUUGGCGAGUGCACCGCCAAGUACCGCUGGUUCGCCGUGCUGUACCUGGUGGUGUGCUUCCUGCUGCUGCCCUCGCUGGUCUUCGGCCUGUCCAUGGCGGGAUGGCGGGUGAUGGUGGGCGUGGGCGCGCCCUUCGCGGGCAUCAUGGUCUUCAUCGUCUUCGUCAACGCGCUGCAGGCCCGCAGCCCCGGGCACCUGCCCCGCCUGCUGCGCUCCUGGGAUUUCCUGCCCGCCUGGAUGCACUCCCUCAAGCCCAUGGACCGGCUGGUCACCAAGGCGACGCUGUGCUGCGGCCCCGCCUCCGCCUCCGCCCCCCCGCCGCCGGCCCCGCCCCCUUUCGCCGCCGCCAAGUUCGCCGAGGCUGAGAGGAAGGCCCAGAUGGCGCACGACAACCCCGCCCUCACCUACGUGGACGAGAGCCCCCCCCCGCACGUGCCCGUCUUCAAACUGCGGGGGCUGGAGCGGUGUCACAGCACCCCCCUUUAAUAACAGAACAGUAAGGGGGGAGGGGGGGGGGACACUAUAGGGAUGGGGAGAAGCGUUUUAUACACGUACUUUAAAAAUAUAUUUUUUAAAUGGUUAUUGAUAAAGGAGAAGAACAGGUUUACCCUUUGAAAUGUAAUAUGUAAAAUAAUAUUAUCAGUGUUUUACACAGAGGUGGGAUACUUUACCUUAGGAUGCCUUUGAAUCACCCAUUUUUUCAUUUUUGCUCGCAAUACUGGUGUUAUGAAAUGUUCAUAAUCCCUGGGAGAGGAGAGACAGGAUCGCCGUGUGUAAAUGUUCUUCCUGAAGAGGCGUGUUGGGCAAAUUCGGCAGAGGGACAUUGCCUGAAGAUGCCCUCUCAUAAUUUCAUUUCAUGUCUUUUUUAUAAACAAACAUCAGAACACAGCCCACACAGUGAAGACUGUAAACGGCGUCCUGUUUUGGUGACACUCACUGUUCCGGCUGAGGUCAGUCACCUGGCCACAGGUGAGAAUGGAGAUCUGGGGGCUUGAGUUGUGGUAACCGCUUUUCUGUGGUUACCGCGGUUACGUAGGUACACGAGUCACAUGACACAGUUUGAGGAGCUUGUGUGGUGCAUUUGUUGGCUAGAGUGGACCCAUCAGUACAUGAGUGCUUUAUUUUCUCCUGGCCUGAUGAUUUUUUUCAUUUCCUUUCAUUUUCAUUUGUACACUUUAUUAAAAAAAAUUUUUUUGCAUGCUGUUAUGUUAACAAGCACUCUCGCUUGACCUUUUCUGACAAGGUCACGGCAAUAGUCCCGCGAUGGCCUCACAAACCGUGGUGGUCUCGUGUGACCUCGGGCUUCUGAAUUCACAGCAGUGUGCGGCCAGCACAGAGAACAUUUAAAUUCAAAGAAAAUGUAUAUCAUGAGCGCCUGUCAUGUGGAUAAUAAUCCUGUUGACCCUGCGGUACGUACAGCUACAAAGCCCUGCAUUAUCCACGGUCAUGAGACGCUUUUAAAGCGCACAAAUCAAGAAGAAAAAAUGCUCACACUAGAUAUAAUAUUAUUAAAUGCUGCUCCAGUAUGAGCCAAUC